UCACUCGCCUUGUGGUGCAGUCGCUUGCUUGCCUGCCUGCCUGCCUGCCCGCUUGCCUGCCUGCCUCCCUCCCUCCUCCUUGUCAGGAUUCCUGGUUCAUAGCCGUUGCUCCUGCUCUUGACAGAAAUAUCCUUUACACUUAGGUGCAAAUCUGUAGAAGACUACUUUCUUCAUUACCCAGCCACAGAAUGUGCGAAGAUAUUUUUUUUAAAGCUAUUUUUCAUGUCAGCUGCACUUUUUCCACAGUUAAGAACUAUAACCAUGUUUGAAAGGCAGUGACCUACUCUUUUCAAGAAACUUAAAAGGCAUAAUGAUAUCCACAGCACCUGUAUUCUGCACUUGAUGCAGAGAGGCUCAUGCCUUCCACUGUAUUUGACUUGGAAUUUGCCUCAAUGCGUGUGCUCCCCCCUCCAAGUUAUCUGGCUUGCAAAACUGGGAAAGCAGCAACGGCUGCUCAUCUUUGGCAGUAGAAGAUUAUGGUGGCGGCUCAGCACUAGGAAUCCAGCAGCAGCAGAGCAAGACUCGGGAUGCAUUUUCACUAAAAAUCCUCAGCAUUAGGAAGGGCAGCUGAAUGAUUUGGCAGCUGAGCAAAAAUUGAGAUCAUUUAUAACAAGGAAGCAGGAAAAGCAAGAACGUGGGGCUGGGGGCAAUAGCUCCAGUUUUUUUCUGUGCUUUUAGGGAGGGAGGUUGUCAUGGCAGAUCGGACUGCUCCUAGAUGCCAGCUCCAUCUGGAGUGGGUAUAUGGGUAUAGGGGUCAUCAGUGCCGCAACAACCUGUACUACACAGCAGGCAAAGAAGUGGUUUACUUUGUGGCUGGAGUCGGCGUGGUUUAUAACACCAGAGAGCAUACACAGAAAUUUUUCCUGGGGCACAAUGAUGACAUUAUCAGCCUAGCUUUGCAUCCUGAUAAAACCCUUGUGGCUACAGGACAAGUUGGCAAGGACCCUUAUAUCUGCAUCUGGGAUUCUUACAAUGUACAGGCUGUCUCUGUCCUAAAAGAUGCACAUACCCAUGGAGUUGCCUGCUUGGCUUUUGAUUCAGAUGGCCAGCGUUUAUCUUCAGUGGGGUUGGAUGCCAAAAACACAGUCUGCAUUUGGGAUUGGAAGAAAGGAAAACUACUGGCAUCAGCUACUGGCCACUCAGAUAGGGUAAUCACAAAUCAAAGAACUCUGUCUGUUCCUUCUGUGCCAAGAGCCUCAAAAAACAUCCAACCUCAAAAUUAUUACUACACUGAAACUGAAGGUAGUGGAACAAAGUUGUACAAGGGGCCAGGAAGACUUUCCAGGACUAUUAAGUUUUGGACACUGUGCGGAAAUGCCUUGACAGCCAAAAGAGGAAUAUUUGGCAAAACAGGAGACUUACAAACUAUCCUGUGUUUGUCUUGUGUGAAAGAUGAUGUUACGUUCUCUGGUGCUUUAAAUGGAGACGUCUAUGUCUGGAAAGGGCUCACCUUAGUCCGCACAAUACAAGGAGCUCAUAGUGCUGGAAUUUUUAGUAUGUAUGGAUGUGAAGAAGGGUUUGCAACUGGUGGAAGAGAUGGCUGCAUUCGACUGUGGGAUAUUGAUUUCAAGCCAAUAACUAAAAUUGAUCUCAGGGAGACUGAGCAAGGAUAUAAAGGUUUAUCUAUCAGAAGCGUGUGUUGGAAAGCAGAUCGGCUUCUAGCAGGAACACAGGACAGUGAAAUAUUUGAAAUUAUUGUGAGAGAAAGAGACAAGCCAAUGCUUAUAAUGCAAGGUCACUGUGAAGGCGAGCUCUGGGCUCUGGCAGUCCACCCCAAAAAGCCAUUAGUUGUUACUGGCAGUGAUGAUCGAUCUGUGCGCUUAUGGAGUCUUGCUGAUCACGCUUUGAUUGCCCGAUGCAAUAUGGAAGAAGCUGUGCGGAGUGUAUCUUUCAGCCCUGAUGGAUCUCAGCUGGCUCUGGGAAUGAAAGAUGGCUCUUUUAUUGUUCUGAGAGUGAGGUAG